AUGGGCACAGAAUACCAUACGGCUCGGAAGUGGUACCACAUCCGCUGGUUCGCCCCGGACGACACAAAGGAGGAACGUCGGCUCAUCUGGAAGCUCGAUUUGCUCAUUGUCCCCUAUGUGUUCCUGGCAUACUGGACCAAGUACAUUGACCAGGCAAAUAUAAAUAAUGCGUACGUCGGAGGUCUCAAGGAAGACCUUGGCUUCUAUGGUAAUCAGCUGGUACAUCUCCAGACCAUCUAUGUGGUCGGUGCCGUGCUGGGACAGCUGCCCUUUCUGUUCUUGUCGACACGUUUCCCGCUUCAUUGGUUGAUUCCGAUUCUGGAUAUUGCUUGGGGAAUCUUUACCUUGUUGCAAUAUCGUGCACAUAGUUAUGCCGAACUGAUGGCAUAUCGGUUCAUGGUGGGCUGGUUCGAAGCUGCUUUCUUUCCCCUCGUCCAUGUGAUUUUCGGAUCUUGGUACAAGGGCCACGAGAUCGCUCGCCGUGGCGGCUUUUUCUAUGUCGGCCUGACCCUCGGCACGUUGACUGCUGGGCUAAUUCAAGCUGGAGCGUCUUCGAGAUUAGACGGCGUUAGUGGCCUCGCCGGCUGGCGAUGGAUGUACAUCAUUUGUUCCAUCAUCACCAUUCCGAUCGGCAUACUCGGAUACUUCCUACUUCCCGGCACGCCUGCGAAACCUAAUCGGUGGUUCUUGAAGCAGAGAGAUAUUGACCUCGCCGUGGAACGUCUGAAGCGUGACGGACACGACACGUCUGGUGAAAAGGCCGGAUGGGGCACCGUCAAGCAAGCCCUGACCAACGGCCGCGUCUGGGCUUUGUUGCUUCUCGACAUCUUCUUCUGGAAUGGAUGCCUCAACACUUCAAGUGGUGGUUUCCUCCUCUGGCUUAAGAGUCUCAAGCGCUACUCCAAGGCACGAGUCAAUGAACUCGGAUCAGUUUCUCCGGCCCUGGGCAUAUUUUACACUCUCUUCAUCUGCUUCAGCUCAGAUCUGCUCUGGGGCCCAGCCUGGGCUAUCACGGUCUCUCACAUCUGGAACAUUAUCGGCUUGAUCAUCCUGGUGGUAUGGGAGGUUCCAGAAUCAGCAAAAUGGUUUGCUUUCCUGACGACGUACUCGGCCGUCGCCAUGUCGAGUGUACUGUACGGCUGGGUGAAUACUCAAUUGCGAUACUCACCAGCUCAGAGGGCUUUUGUCCUGGUCUUGAUCAACGCAGUGUCACAAUCCACCACGGCGUGGACGCCACUCUUGGUUUUCAAGACGGUUGAGGGACCGCGGUUCACCAAGGGCUACUCAUAUGUGCUAGCUAAUUCGAUCUGUCUGAUUGCUACGGCCCAUAUCAUCAAGGUCUACGUGGGAAGAAGAACCCGUACCGUUGAGGGCGCGACCAAGCUAAGUGACGGUGAUUCUCAACAUCAAGUUGUGGGCGGCGUUGAGGAAGAGACAAUUGGCAACAAGGCAGGUGGAACUGGAACUGGAACCGGAGAACAGGACGGUCCGAUCGUGGUGCAAGAGCGUGUUCUGCAGAAAAGUGUUGAAGUCUAG